AUGGAAAUUUUCAAGAAAUUGGAGAUUAACAUACCCUUUUCUGAAGCACUCCAACAAAUGCCUUCAUAUGCUAAAUUUUUUAAGGAACGCCUCACGAAAAAGAGGAAAUAUAUUGAAGAGGAGACUAUUGAAGUACAGGGAAAAUGUAGUGCUAUCAUACAGAAGCUCCUACCUCAGAAGUUUAAAGAUCCUAGUAGCUUCACCAUUCCAUGCACUAUAGGGAAAUUAGCUGUUGGAAGGACAUUGAUUGAUCUGGGAGCUAGCAUCAAUUUGAUGGCUCUCUCUAUGUUUAAAAAUAUUGAAGGUUUGGAACUCAAGCCUACUCGGAUGACUCUCCAAUUAGUAGAUAGAUCCUUGAAAUACCCUUAUGGGGUGGUUGAAGAUGUACUUGUAAAAGUGGACAAGUUUUUAUUUCCGGUGGAUUUUGUUAUUAUGGAGAUGGAGGAGGAUGUAGAUGUGCCUCUUAUUCCUGGGAGACCUUUUAUGAAGACUUCCAGAGUCUUAAUUGAUGUGGAAAAUGGUAAACUCAAGGUGAGAGUGCAAAAUGAAGAAGUGAAUUUUGAUGUGUUUGAAGCUAUGUCUCAUCCAAAUGAUGGUAGGGCAUGUUUCCAUCUUGAUGCACUUGAUGAAGUAUGUAUGAUUAAAAAAAAGAUGGUAUGUUGUUCUUCUCCUUUAGAGAAAGCGCUCAUUGAUGCGAGUGAAGAGGUGAAUGAGGAGGAAGAGGAACUGAUUGAGGAGUGCUUGACUAACUUGGAUGCAUUAAAAGAAAUUCCUUUCAAUGACUCGGAAAUUGAAGAAAUCAAUACCCAGGAGAAAGUCAAGGAAAAGAAACUAGAACUGAAGAUGUUACCACCACAUUUAACGUAUGUUUUCUUAGAAGAAGGUGGGAAUAAAUCAGUCAUUAUCAAUAAUUCUUUUUCCUCCAAAGAAGAAGAAAAGCUGGUGGAAGUAUUGAAAGCCAACAAAGGAGUCAUUUGA